AAUUAACUUAUUUUAAAACGUCAAUUUUCGACGUCACUGUUCAAGUCUUCCAUGUGAAUAAAAGUUAAUUUAACUGCAGUCAGUAUUAUAAAACCAAAAAAUAAUUUUAAUUUAGAACAAAGUAUAUAUAUUGCUUACGAAUAAAAUACUAGUGCGUAAGUUUUGUAAUCCAUAAUGGAUAAGUGGGAAAUGGUUAUAAAAAGUUAUCAGGGUAGUAGCGAUCCAAAGAUCAUUUCCAGAAUUUUGAAAAUCGCUGAAUGUGUUUUUGCUGAAGACCUAGCUCCAUUUGAGAUAGAAUGGAUUCUUGCUACGCUCCUUUGUGACCCUAUAAAUCUCUUAGAUAAGGUGUCAGAACAACGUCUGAAUAAAGAUUGGAGCAGAUGCACCAUAAACUCGUUUAAAUUGCUCAGUUAUAUAGUCAGUAAUCAUAGCGUUGCUUAUAUUUAUUACGAAGACAUUGUUACAGUCUGCCUGAUACCAUUUGAUGUUCAAAUUCGAACACAAGCUCUAUCAUGUCUAACUUGUGUGGUGACCCGAUCACCGUUGGGGGCCAGAGAUUUGAACCAACAUUUGAACGCUCUCGAAAUGGGUACCACGUGUAGAGUGCCACUUGCGUUACUGAUUGGUACAAUUUGUAAUUACCAUCCAGAGGAGGUUGAAGAAGAAAUGUUAAAUGUAUGGAGGCUGUUACUUAAUUUACUGGAUGCGAAUAAAAGCUCGGCCACCUUAAUAAAAACAGCGUUGGAUGGUAUAACGGGUUUGCUCAAGUUUUUCGAAAUGGAUGUACCGUUGACGGAUGUGUAUGAACUCUACGACAAGAUGAUCAGCUUCAUCGAUCUGCCGAGGUGUGAGAAAACGGUGCUGACGCUGCUGGACCGCCACACGCUGCUGUUCCGCGAGCGCAUGUGGGUGUGUCCGCGCGUGCGCGGGGCGGUGGGCGCGCGCGUGCGCGGGGCGGCGCGCGAGUGCGCGCGGGAGGCCGUGCGCUCCUUGUACAGCAUCAUCACGCCUGUGGUGGGGCACGAGCUACUGAAGAACAUAAUAAACACAGAAAUCACGCCUUAUUUGAGAUCAAGUUAUUAUUACGAAAAAUACACAGCGCUUUACGUAUUAUCGGACAUAUAUAAAUCCACGGGUGUCGGAGAUUUGAACGAAUAUGUAGACAUACAAACAUUGGAGUUCGAUAUAAGGCAUGGGAAUAUAAAUUAUGAAACAUGCGAAGCUAUAUCGUGGUGUGUGGAGUCAAAGUUGGUGCACAGCGAUUGUCUCCUCCAAACAGCUAUUGCUUUUUAUGACAAGUUCAUCGAAAUUAAAAGAAAGGAAGUUAUAGUACGUACAAUUUUAAGAGCAGAUGAGGAAAUAAGAAAUGCGGCGAUUACCUUCCUCAUAUCAGAGACAUACCGUACAGCCUCCAAACAACAACAAUAUAUACAGCUGUGGAACGACUUGUUCAACACUAACAACAAUACAAAUAUAGAUGUGAUAGAUAAUGCCUCGGAUAUUGCCGACGACGUGAUUGAAAAUAUUUUGGGAGCGCUAGAGGCCUUAGGUGAUGAAGAGAUGCCGCCGCGGCUGGCGUCCCAGCUGUCGGUGCUGGUGCUCGUGCAGCGGCUACACAUGCGCUCGCACGCGUCGCUGGUGCGCGCGCUGUGUGCGGCCGCGCGCACAUGUGCGCGGGCGGUGUGCGCGGCCGUGGUGAGCGCCGUGUAUACCGGGGUCGCCUACGAGAAUAUCUCAAUAGAGCAGUGCUUAGAGGACGAUGAAAAGUUACUAUGUUCGGUGGCGCUCAUAGAAAAUUCAAACGAUCACCUUUACCGUGAUUCAGAAAUGACCAUCGCCCUCGAGAUAAUAUUCACCAGGAACGAGGUGGAAACGGCAUUAUUGUGCAGAGCUCUGUAUGUGCUGGAUAAAUUUAUGCAGAGACCUGGACGUGAUGAGGCCCGCACGAACGAAAUAAUUCAUCGCGUCGAAAACAGAUUGAAACGGAUCGACAAACGUAACAAAGACGACAGGAUAUUAUACAGAAAUAUUAUUAUGUUCUUAGGUAAAUAUGGCGGAAGGAAUAAUAAUACAACGAAUUUGGACAAUAUCCUCGUUGGCAAAUUGAAUAAAAAAAUAUCACUCGAGUUGCCGUAUCUGGAUACAACUAUAAAGAUCAGCUUACAAGGAGUGCUGCAAGCUGCGCUGGAGCGAGAGGAUGUCGACGCUUGCAAGACGCUGUGCGCUGUUAUCUGUGCUAACUUGGCAACGAAGGAAGACGAAGUCCUCCAAAGCGCAUUAAUCCGGGUGUUGGUGUGUCUGUCCCGCCGCGGGACACACGUGCGGGUGGGCACCGUGCUGUCCGGGGCGGUCUGUGCGAACGAGCUGACCACGUAUAUAAAACGGGAGAAGUUGCAACUUUCUCGGAAAAUACUUCUGGAAACAUUAGGAGAGCUUCUCAAAUCCGAAGCAGACGGUGUGCUACUCCAGUAUGUCAUUGAAAGCGUUAUUUAUUACCAAGAUUCAAUAUUUUACAAACAAGCCAUCUUAGACAUGAUCGAGAAAUUACUAGAAUUACUGAGAGAUAAUAAUCUGUUAUGCAAGAAAUAUCUACCGGAUAUCCUAAUAAAAGUGUUGAAAUUUCAAGACGCGAACCUCAUCAAAAUUGGCACAGUCGUUUUCAAGGAUAAAAUAGAAUUGUUCGAUGAUACCGUUUUAUUGAACACCACGUAUAUCGUAUUCAGAUUUUUGAACUCGAUGAAUGAAAAUAUGGCGGACGUCCUAAUCAAAGUGGCGGUGAUGUUUGUAAAAAAUAUCUUCGAAAACAAAAAGGAUUGUCUAUUUAUCGUUGAUUAUUAUUUAACUUUCGAAGCUGUUAAUUUAAAAGUUUUGGUGGAGUUCAAACGGAUAUAUGGCUUUGAUAAUAAUACCGCAAAGAUUAUAAUUGGAAAGUUUAAGAAUAAACUGUUCUCCUGCAAAGAUUUCGAUGGACAAGAUGGGCUGUUCAAUUUUAUAGCUGAAUAUAAUGAAGCGCUCGUUGAUAUAGACCAUGUGAAUACAUUUAAGCUUCUUGCAAAAGCUAUUAAGAAGCUGACACCGGAAUCAAUAGUGUCGCAGAAUAUCCAGCUGUCGAGAUGUCUGUCAUUGUUGAAGAGGACGAAAAAGUACGAUUCGGUUUUGAUAAAUAAAAGCUUCGAAAGCGUUAUCAAAACGUUACCAAUAAAACAAAUAACUAAAUUCUUAGAGAGAUAUUUAUUAGAAGCAAAACACGAGUUAUGUGUCAACGCAAUAAAUAUAUUAACGAAUUUAUAUGAUUGGGACAAUGAAUCGAUUUUGAUAAAGCUUUCCGAUUAUAUUAAACGAUGGGUACUAUUGGUGUUGAAGAUGAACUCAACGGGAUACUUGGAAAGAUGUCUGACAACAAAGAUGGCGUUUUUAUACGACGUGGUCGCCAUUUCUGUGAAGUUUUAUAACGAUGAAAAACUAAUAUCAAUAUUUUUAACUGGGGGUCCAAAAUCUUACGUGUCUUUCGUAAGAGCCUUCAUACCAGCGACUUUCAAUGUCUUGAUAAAGAGACCGUACUCAUUUUUGCUGGCCGGUGUGAAGCAGUGUUCUUCGCUGUUCAACGAUGUCGUCAAGUACGCAGUGAGGAGAAACCGGGGGGGUGAACUGGUGGACGUUAUUGAUGCGGUAUGGCCGCUUUAUUCACGCAUAACGACCUUCGAUCAGAAGUAUUCCAUAUUACUGCAACUGUCUCCUAAUUUGCCGUCGAGUUCGAGGCCCGUGCAGUGGGUGAUCAGUAUCAUAAAACAGGGGAACUUCGCCGAUAAUUUAAAAUUAGUUGGGUUAUUAAAUGACGAAAAUGACGUCCGCGGCGCGCUGGCGGCGCAGCUGCCGCAGUCGGGCGGCGCCGCGCGCGCCGCGCUGCACGCGCUGGGCGCGCGCGGGCGGCGCGGCGCGCUCGAGCUCGUGGCCAGCUUGGCGGAAGGUGACAACUCGAAGGGCUGGUGGGAAGACGCAAUCGUCAGGUGCAUGUCGAAAUUAGCGAAGCGGGCCGACAUAUACAUGUUGCAGUACGUGUACUCGCGCACGUUCACGGGGCGGGGGCCGGGCAUAUGCAACCGACUCAUGGUACCGCUGUUGAGAUACGUAAAACCGUCUCUCUGCGAGGAGUUCUUGUCCAGCGUCCUCAAUGAACUGCUCACAUCGCUGAUGAUGACUCCGAGAGCGAUAUCCAACCAUUACACGUACGAGAAAUGCGUGAUGGAUUAUGUGAGGGCGCUCAACAUUAUCGUGGUUGCGUUCGAAAGGGUGCCAAAAGCAAACAUAGAGUCUCCAAGGUCGAUGCUGUACAGCAAGAUGAGUGACACGGUGCGCGACACUCCAUUCUAUUUGAUCAGCACCGUCUGCAAGCUCUGCUUCACUCUGAGGGCCAAGAUUUCGUGUCCAGAGGGCGCUGAUCAGGCCAUGGAGAAAACUUGCAGGUUGUUUCAUUGUGCUAAUUACAAUUGCAUGGCGACCGCGAUCAUCCUCAGAGAUCCGAAGCCGCAGGUGUACGCCACCGUCUUCGAUGAGACCUACUGGUACAAGCUCAUCGGAGACGAGGAAUUCGACCUGCCGAUCAGGGAACCGUGGAGGCUGCGCGUGACCCACCAGGCCGACCCCACGUCGCUUAGCGAACUGCACACGCGGACACAUAGCGAUAUGCACACGCGCAUGUUCACGCGUACGCUUUCAGAGAACCCCCUUGCUUACGAUUUGCUGCAGGAGCCUGAGGAGGUGGAGCCUCGAGAGCCACUGGUGUCGGACAACCCCCUCGACCGUCACCCAUGUUCCGCCGCGCUCAGCUCGUUGCUGGCCGCCGUCGGCAGCCGGGGCGUCGACGUGUGGGGGGGACUGGAGCGUGUACUAUCCGAGGGCCCCCCUCCCCUCGUCUCGCUACUGGCUCAUGCGGUGGUCACCAGCCGGCAGCAGCUGCGCGCGCGCGCGAAGCCGCUGCAGCGCGCGCUGCUCGCCGCGCUCGCCCGCACGGCGCGCCGCCGCGUGCUCAACGCGCUGCACGUCGACAUCUUGGAUACUUUAAUAUUAUGGCGGGAAAAUACGACCGAAAACACCGAUUUGACCAUAGAGUGUAUUAUAAAUACAGCCAUAAGCAACAGAAACAGGGCCAACGUGUUUUGGAUGUUGGUCGACAAGUUGGACAAACUUUUGGAAAUAUGGAAAGAGGCUCGACCAAAUUGGACGUCGUUCGAAAAAUAUAUAAUAGAUCAAAACUCAGACAUAAUAAAAGUUUGCCUGCAAAUCCUGAAGCGUUUUACAAGACGCGAAGUCCAGAUACCUCAGUUAGUACCAGCUCUAUUGGCCGCGAUAGAGUCCAAGAAGUAUAUGAUUGAGGUUUACGAGGUGCUCGGCCUGGCUAUGGCCAUCGAUGAUAAAAGGGGAGACUAUAUCAAAGGGUACCUGAAAGUUUUGGAGAAUUUGCGUAAGAGCGAUGUAGCCGAAUACUUAAAAUGUCUGUAUUACGCUCAGAAAGGAUACCCUGAAUGCUGUGAUGAGAGAAACUUCCGAUUAAUAACGGACUUGACACCUAAAAUCUCAGGUCGCGAGAAAUUGAAAUGUCUCGAGAUAUUGUCAACGUACUUGCUGACGGCUCGACAAACGGACCACGUGGUUUCGAUGUUAGAGACGGUGGGGUUGGAUGAUAACCUUAACACCGUUGAGGGGUUGAAAUUGGUAAGGAAUGGUCUUCACCUCAUGAAUGGCCACCACGUGAGAUACUACGUGCUGCAAAUGGCUGAUGCAUGUCAACACUUGCCUGUGCAGCUCCGUUGGGUUGCCUUCGAAAUACUCGUGAAAGCACUGGAGUUACUGUUAUCACCUGAGUCGUCAGAGCCGCCGUCGAAGAGAUCCUCUCCGGAAUCGAACUCGCUAAUAUUGGGUGAAAAGGACGACUACACUGCGAGCUUGUUGGAGGGCUUAGCGAGAGGAAUGGUGGACGGGAGUGAAGAAAUACGGAACAGCGUAAGAACGGGUGUGGGCAAGUUGCUUAAUGAUGAUUUGGGUAUAAGGUUCUGCGAGAGUGUUUACCUGGCAGUAUUGCUGGUGCAUACGGAAUGUGAAAUCAAUCCUGCGGCCAUCUUGGAUAUGUUUUUCCAAAUAUUGAGGAAUCAGAAGUUGAAAAAUACAAAGUUAAGGAAUGAACCAAUUAAACUUCGAGAAACGACGUCCUCAAAUCUAUCGACGAACAUGAUGACGUCAAACAUUGUGGAGGGAGACGAAAAUACAUCAGAAGUAGUCAACGUAGAAAUUACACUGGAUGAGCUCUUAGAUUCGCUGUUGAAGUUUUCACAGAGAAAUAUCAACGCGGCAACAUCGAUCAUUAUCCAGCUGGUAAAAGCGAACCAGAUGAAGUCUCCGGGGUUCGAUUUCCCGGCGACGCUGGGCGCGUGUGUGGCGCCGUCGCUGACCACCGCCGCCGCCCGCUGGUCGGCCGAGGUGGUGCGCAAGGGGCGGCUCUGGAACUGCGACAGUUUGAAGCCAGCGAUCAACACGCUUUUGAAGAUGACUAAAGGUGCUGAAGACGAAAGUAUUUAUAAGUUACUAUCGGAGGACUAUAAGCUCAGGAGUCUUGGACCGGAGCAGUUCGUUUUGGGGUCACCGUGGCUUUAUGGCGUUAACGUUCCGGAUACCAGAAACUUUUCAAUGAAAGAUCUGGUCGCGACGUUCGGCAAGCUAUCGAACUGGGAGAACUUGACCAUACAGCAGAAGAGUUCCAUCACUUCCAGUCUGCCGCCGAUAUGGACGAACAGUGAUACCUUGAUAAUGAGUCUGGAAGAUAUGGAUGAAACAGAUUAUCCGAUUUGGAUGAAAUGCAUGGUGUCUUCAUGUCUUGGUGAUUUUGAUAAUCAUUUCACGUAUUUCAAGGAUGUUGAUAAAUGGCCGAGAAAGCUGUUCGAUAUAUCCGCUGUGGCAGAAACAUCAGUUUGGAAAACUAUUCAUGACGUAUGUAGUAUGAAAGAUAUACACUUCUCGGACAAUAUUCGUCCGUCCGACUGUAUCUCGGAGUGGGCUGUGAGGAUUAUGGUAAGGUCAAUGUUCAUGAAGUCAUCAGAACGCGUCCCCGGCCAUAUCAUGCUGUCUCGCUCGCGCGCGCUGCAGUGGUGUGUACGUGCGAGCGAGUGCGGACUGCACGAGCAGGUCGUCGAAUGCUGUAGGAAUAUUACAGAUAUUUACGAGAACGAUACGCUGAAGUGGUUACGUCAGAGAGUGCUGGCCCUCAGAGCGCUCGCGUUGGGCGAAAAUAAUAGCGAAGGUUUGAGCAGCACGCUGAACCUCGCAGUAUCUUACACGCCAAUGUACCUCACUCGUUCAAAUUUUGGAGACGUGAUGGGGAUGAAUGAAGCGAUACUCAAAAUAAGAAAUGAUUUACAAAUCCUAAGCAAGAUCCACCUGGACGGGAUAUUAGUAAGGAUACAACAUAGACUUCAAGAACGUUAUCCCGAAAAUACGUGUGACAAAAAAGUGUUCGAGUCGAUAUGUGUGUUUGCAAUGUUAUUCUACGAUCGGCUCUGGGAUUUUCAAACAGAACCCUUAAAUCAGAAUCAGCUGCUACUCAAUAUGUCAGAAGUCCUAGGUAUCAUCAUAGACUUAGACAUGACCGCGAAGGUCAGGUCAGCUGACAUCAUCAUUAACAGACUAGAUGGCUACCUCGGUCAAGAGUUGGAUGAUGGAGUGGCAAAACUCUUACUCAGUAGAAUUUCUGAGAUAUUCAGAAAUCUAGAUCAGAUAUCCUUGGGGCAGCUCAAGUCUCAGAUAGGACUCUUCAAGAAAUUCGAAGAUUAUGAAAUAGUGAAACGGUUAAAGGAAGACGAGAGUCUGAUGAAGUAUAAACGGUGCCUGAACUUGGUUGGAGACGCUGAACACCUGCUGAUCCAGUACUGGUGCAAGUGCUUCAACGCUAUUGAUGAUAAAAUAGAAUGGACGAAAAUAUUCGAGGAGAUGAAAAAUACUAUUUUUGAAAACCCAUUCGCCGGUCCCGAUUACAGAGUUCUGAAUAAACAUAAGGCGAAUCUCUAUGGUAUCGCCGAAUUUGAUUCCACAGAUAAAGAAACGAAGCAACGUGUUCUGUCAACGGUCCGAUCGGAUUUGAAGGUGACCGAGAAGAAUUUCGUCUCGCUCUCGCACGUGUGUCCCGAACUAACGGCAAAAGAUCUAAUAGCUAGUGAAUCUCUGAACAAGUUGCUGUGUUUGAAACCAGGCGUUACUGUUUUUAGGUUUGAAGAAAAGAUUCCGAUAUUCGUAGACUCGAUCCGCCGUCCGGCUGUUCUGAGGGCGCUGCUGUCGGACGGCAGCGUCCGGCGGUUCAUCGUGAAGAGGGGCGAGCGGGUCCGCAGCCACUGCGCCGCCGUGCGACUGCUGGACGCCGUGCGCGGGGGCAGCUGCGCGCACGCGGGGUACCGCGUGACCGCCCUGAGCGACGACAGCGCCCUCAUCGAGUACUUGGAAGGUCACGCGAGAUUCAGAACAUUGAUAGCGUCCCAGUACCCCAUCGACAGCGCUGUCGGCCCAGCUCGUGGUAGCGCCAGCGAGCUCGUCCUGGAUCCGACCAGCGCGCUGCGACACUUCGAGGACAUGUGCAAGAUGGUGCCGCCGUAUGCGCUCAGAUCCGCAGUCGAAGAAAACAGUGCGUGUGUUGAGGACUUCAUUAGUAGGAAGUCGAAUUUUCUGGAAGCGAUCAUCGAGAUGACUAUCUUUAGCUAUUUAUGUGGUGUGGGCGACCGGCACCUGAGCAACCUGCUGUGCAACGCGCGGGGCAGCGCCUGCCACGUGGACUGCGGCUCCGCCCUGCAGUACGGCGCCGGCGAGCUGCCGCCCGCCAGGCUCACGCGCAACGUGCUCGCCCUGUGCAACCCGCGAGCUCUGGAGAGUCGUCUGCAGAGUAGAAUACAGUCGCUGCAAGCGGCCGAUUUAAUCCUACCCUCAAUUUCCGUGACAUUCAAAUGGUUGGGGCCGACCUUUAUGGACAAACUUAAAUACAUAAAUAGUCUCAUCAAAGGGACGUCUCUUUCUUAUACGGUGACCAAGGAAGUUAUAUCAAAAUCGACUAAGCCGUACAAAGAUAAAUACAUACAGCUACUCGAAGAGGUGUUUAAGGAUUUCGAAGAGAAGGAAUUUUACAGUAUCGAAGAACAGGUGUCCUGUCUGUUACUCCAGUGCACCGAUCCACGAAUCUUGAGCAUUACGAGAGCGAACUGGGAGCCCUGGAUUUGAUUAUUAAUUCAUAAAAAAUAUAUUUAAUAAAUAUUAAUUAAAUGUAAUUCUUCCUCAAGUGCCUUUGUUACCCAAGUCCUAAAUGGUUGGACUGAUUUGGAUGAUAUUUUGUGUUUAUUUUAAUGGGUUUUGGAUGGUUUUAAAAACGCUUUUGGACCCGGUAGGUGGCGCUGCUGUCUGUAAGUCACCCAAUGAAAAAUAUUUGUAUGGUAGGAAGACAUCUGCCGGGCCCGCAAAUAUAUAUAUAAGGCAAUGUUUAAGCCAUCAUCAGCCACGAUUAUAACUUUAUUUUGUGUUUAUAUUAUUAAUUAAAUAAAUGUUAA